GUUCGCUUUUGUAAAAUAAAACUGCGAAUAUAAAAAUAAACCGCAAAAGCAGUGAAAUAUUUUUGCUUACUUACGAUUUCAUAGUGUGUAAGUAAUGCACACUGAUUUGUCACCACAUUUGCACACUGACGAGUGCAAUAUAUUAAUAAGAAAGUUGCUUGAUUGCCAUAAAGAGCAUUCAUUCCUCAAGUUCGUUGGAUAUUGCAAUGAUUACGACAGGGACAUGAGAAAGUGUCUGAAAGCAGAGCGUAUUCGACGGCAACAAGCUAAUUUAGAAGAAUCGCGCAAGCGGCACUCGGAGAUAAGAGCACGUAUACGACGAUCUACAGAAGAGCAGGCUAAUUUAUAACUGCACCAAUCUUAUCCCGCCACAA